AUGGAACUCAACCGAGAACAUGUUUGCUCCAUAAUUUAUUACAACUUUCACUUUCAGAGACAAUUAUCGCAACAAGAAUGCCUUGCUGAGUUACUGCCUGUUUUCGGCAACGAAGCUCCACAUCAGUCGACAAUUUCCCGUUGGUAUGAAGAAUUCAAACGUGAACGGGUGAGUCUUAGCGACGAUCCCAGGGUGGAUGCACCAAAAACGGCAGUCACCCAGGAAAACGUCAAUGCUGUGCGCAAGCCCAUCAUUGAAGAUAGACAUGUGACAUAUCGCGAGAUUGAGGCGUCCUUGAAGAUCUCAAAGUUCUCAAUUCAAAAAAUUUUACAUGAAGAAUUAGGAGUAAGAAAAUUAGUUUCUCGUUGGAUACCCCACCUGUUGACUGAAGAGCAGAAAGCAGCCAGGGUUAAUUGGUGUCAAAAAACGCUUGACCGUUUUAAUUUCGGAAACUCAAAAAAUGUGUACAGCAGUGUUAGUGGUGAUGAAUCGUGGAUUUACUGUGACGAAAAACCAACAAAAGUCAUCCGUUCUCGAAGUGUUUCGAAAAGGAUGGUCGCGACAUUUGUGUCAAAAUCGGGUCAUAUUGCCACAAUUUCUCUUAAUCAGCAAAGAACUGUUACUGCGAAUUGGUAUACCACCAUUUGUUUGACAAAAGCAAGCUCGCACACAGCCCAAAGAACAAGGCAACUGCAUGGUCAAAGGUUCCAGUCACCAGAAGAAGCAGUUGACGCAUUCAAAAAUUCUGUUUUGGAUCUGUCAGCAAACGAGUGGGAUAAGUGCUUCGAAAAUUGGUUCGAGCGCAUGCAGAUGUGUAUUAAUCUUCGUGGAGAAUACUUCGGAAAACAAUAA